GCCGGCGUCCUACAACUGGGAGAAGAAGGAUGGUGAGCUCCCCUCACUGGCCAAAGCCGACGGUGCUUUCCUCCGCUUCGAGAUGCUCAACAAAUCAGAUAAUGGCGUCUACCUCUGCCAAGCUAACAACGGCAUCGGCACCAGCCAGGGGGAGUACACACUCCUGGUGCAAGAUCCUUCGGACCCAGACAACCCGGACACCACCUCCCCCUCCACUGACUCCACGAUAUCUUCCCCUUCCCCUUCGAUGACUUCGUCUUACCCUCCGAUAUCUUCCUCUUCCCCUCCGAUAUCUUCCUCUUCCCCUCCGAUAUCUUCCUCUUCCCCUCCGAUAUCUUCCUCUUUCCCUCCGAUAUCUUCCUCUUCCCCUCCUACCGCCUCUCCCACUGAUGUAUUAUCUGGCUCCAGCUCUGAAUCCACUUUCACCUCCUCCCCCUCCCCGACUGCCACCCCCUCAGAGGCUGACGUGUCGACCACCAUCUCCGAUUCCUCCACCACCACUCUCUCAAACGCCCUCUUUCCCGACCUGCCAUUCUCCCCUUCAUCCUCCCCGGCCACCCCUCCUUUGUCCUCUGCAAGCAUCGCUCCAUCCACUGCCGCUCCCUCCUCCCCCCCUACUCCCCCAGUUUCCGUCCAGCUGAAUGGAGUUUACACUUUCACAGAUGCUGCAGACAACGUUGCAGACCCCACAGCCAUGUUGACCUCUUCGGGGGUGGACCACGCUGUGAUCGGAGGUGUGGUGGCGGUUAUCGUCUUCAUUCUGCUCUGCCUCCUCAUUGUCCUCGGCAGAUACCUUAUCAGACACAAAGGGACGUAUCUGACCCACGAAGCCAAGGGCUCGGACGACGCCCCUGAUGCCGACACUGCCAUCAUCAACGCAGAGGGAGGCCACUCUGGAGCAGAGGACAAGAAGGAGUACUUCAUCUAGACAGAGGAGGGAGCAGUGGAGAAAAGGAGCGGCAGGAGGAGGUGGAAAAGUUGGAGGACGUGUGGUAGAGGGAUGGGGAGGAGUGAAGGGGGGGAAAAAAAACCCUCCAUUUUGUUUUCACGACGCUUCAGUUCUUCACUUGGUUGGAGGGAUGAUGAUGAUGAUUGGGGGGGGGGAGGGAGGGGAAGAACUGUGGGUGGCAUAAAGCGAUGAGUUGAGCUUCGACUGGUACUACCCUCUUUGCAUUGAUACAGGGAAGUGAGAUUUUGCACUUGACAUACGGACAAACUGAGGUUACACAAUCACACACACACGCACACACACACGCAGAAAAAUACUCGAGUCCGUUUUGGGAAGAACCUCUUCUCGCAGACUCGAACGCUCGUAGAUGCUCAGAAUAAGGAACGCGAGCUUCCUACUAACACGUCUGAAUUAUGACAUUUUUACACAAGCAUCGCAUCCGAUUUCUAACUCCCCGAAAACUGAAUUGUAACUCACAUUCCG